GAGGGGGGGGACUAGGCAACAAACAAGGGAUCAUUACAGUCAGUGGGAUGCUUGGUGGAGGAGGCUAAGGUUGUCUAUAUGUAGCUUCAUGGUAGGAAAAACUGCAUCUGUUGACUCUCUACCCAGCAUCCAACUUCGGGGGGCAGGAGGUGAAAGCACUCAUGAAAACAGGAUCCAGGUCCAGAUCCAGCAGAGGAUUACUGGUCUUGAAAGGAGCCGCAUGCAUGAAAAAGAAAUUCAUAGCUGGCAAGAGGCCCAUUCAUCUCAGUUUGUCAAGAUGGCAAAGGGAAGCUGGAGGAUGGAAGCAAAUGAAAGAUGAUACGUGUGUUGCCCUAGUUUUCAUACAAUUCUUCCUGAAUGCCUUAUGUCUCAGUGGCCCAGCAGAUGGCACCCCCGAGUCCCAGUGGCAGCAGCAACAACAACAGCAGCAGCAGCAGUGGGCCAGGUGGUGGAGGCGGUGGUGGGGACCAGCUGAGCAAAACAAACCUGUACAUCCGGGGCCUGCACCCGGGUACCACAGACCAGGACCUUGUCAAGCUGUGCCAACCAUAUGGCAAAAUUGUCUCCACCAAGGCCAUCCUGGACAAAACGACCAACAAAUGCAAAGGCUAUGGCUUUGUGGAUUUUGACAGCCCCACAGCAGCCCAGAAGGCAGUGACUGCACUCAAAGCCAGUGGGGUGCAGGCCCAGAUGGCCAAGCAACAGGAGCAGGAUCCUACCAACCUCUACCUGUCAAACCUGCCUCUGGGCAUGGACGAGGCUGAAUUGGAGUCGAUGCUGAAGCCAUUUGGACAAGUCAUCUCCACACGCAUCCUACGUGAUGCCAGCGGCACCAGUCGAGGAGUUGGCUUUGCCAGGAUGGAGUCUACAGAAAAGUGUGAAGCUAUCAUCACCCACUUCAAUGGCAAAUAUAUCAAAACACCUCCAGGGGUCCCAGCACCUCCAGAUCCAUUGCUUUGCAAAUUUGCUGAUGGCGGCCAGAAGAAGCGCCAGAAUCAGGGCAAAUACGUGCAGAAUGGACGCGCUUGGCCACGGGAAAGUGACACGGGUGGGAUGACCUUGACAUAUGACCCCACAACAGCGCUACAAAAUGGGUUCUACACAACACCCUACAGCCUGGCUCCUAACAGGAUGAUUGCCCAGACCGCGCUAUCUCCUUAUCUCCCAUCACCUGUUUCGUCCUAUCAGGUUCACAGCCCGUCAUGGAUGCACCAUCAGUCAUACCUCAUGCAGCCCACGGGCACAGUGCUGACGCCUGCCAUGGACCAUGCGAUUUCCAUCCAGCCCACCUCCAUGAUGGGGCCCCUAACUCAGCAACUGGGCCACCUGUCCCUCAGCAGUGCUGGCACAUACAUGCCAGCAGCAGCAGCUAUGCAAGGAGCCUACAUCCCCCAGUACACACCUGUGCCUUCCUCUAGUGUCGCCGUUGAGGAGAACAGUGGCCAGCAGAGUCACGUGACAGUGGAGUCCCCAUCGGAUCAUGCUGCCUACUCUUAUCAGUACAACAAGUAACAACAGCACCAUCAGGCUGCUCAGGUCUGAGCAAUCACUUCGAGGGAGACAACUUGUUUCUUUGUUUGUUUAAUUCGUGCUGCGUUUAGAAGAUGGAACCAUUUUUUUGUUUUUUGGCCAAGAAAAAAAGUUGUUUUGUUUUCUGUUUUUGUUUUUUAAAAAGGAAAUAACCGCAAUAGACUUUUGACACCGAGGAACCAAAGGAGGUUAGAGUGGAGGUGGAAAGGAUAUACCCCCCAACCCUUAGAUGUACAGAUGGACUUAGGACUAUUUUAAUACGAGGAAAACAUUUUUUUGGUGUGUGUGCGUGUGCGUGCGUGUGUUUGCGCAUUAAUUUUCUUGUUAACAGCAAAAUCAAACGCUUUGGAUGCCACAAAAUCCCCCAGAGAAGAACAGUUUUCUCCCCUCUCUCUUUUGGAAAGAUGGCUCUGCACCUCUGGGAGGAAUUUUUUUGCUCCUUUGGAUUUGUUUUGUUUUGUUUUUCUUUGGUCAUUUAAAAGUUUUUUUAAAGGACAAAUAUGCAAAAGUGUUUGAAUUUUUUUUUUUGUUGUUUUAUAAGAAAAAAACUCUGAGAAAGCCCCACCUCGCAGCUGUAGGAUAAAAAUCAAUGCAGACUUCUUUUUUUCUUCUUCCUUGGGGUGAGAGUGGGGGGUGGGGGGAAUUUUGCUUUGAAAGGAUUAUUUUAUUAUUUCAAGAGGGUAAUUUUUUUCUAAAAAAGACAAAUUUGCAAAAAACAAAAAAGAAAUCUACAAAAAAAUCUACAAAAAAAGGAAAUCUACAAAAACAGUUGAACUUUUGACGGCAGCAAGAGGGGGUUGCAUAACCCUUGUCAAGGGAGGAGAUGAUGCGGCUGGUGGCUUUUGACGAACUGACUGUGUUUUUUUGGCAUAAACUCUGCCCCAGCUGAGAGAGAGAGAGAGAGAGAAAUAGAGUUUGCUCCAGACCUCCAUUUCUGCCCUCUCCUCCGUCCGAUGGGACCGGUUCUUGCUGGAUGCUUUGGACUCUGAUUGGAGCUUCUGCGCGGACCCUCCUUUGCUUCUACCUGGAUCUUCCCCUCACCUACCCCUGCCCUGGAUCAGGGGAACAAUAAAGUGACUGAGGAAUCUGCUGCCGGUGAGGUGUCGUCGCUUCCGGACUCUUGAACCCUGCAUGGACGCAUUGCCAGCAACAGCGCUUUGUCCCUCUGCCCUCCGCCCCUUCCUGGGACACACACACACAGUGCCUUCUGCCCCCUGCGGUCCGGACUGUGCUGCCGUCUGCCCCCUCCAGUUCCUGCAGGCCUGUCAAACCCAGGUGCACAGUGUGUCUAUUUUCUUGACAAACCAGUUGGGGGUAGAGAUGGAUGCUUCCAACUGGCAGGGAUGGGGAGGUCUGUUCCGGUUGCUUUAAAAAUAUGCACGCAAACAGGGAGCAUCUAGCACCUUGCAGGGGAUGGUUGAGCUGCCCCCCCCCCACAAAAUAGAGAUCCUAGUUACUAUGCACGUUUCCUCCCCUCCUUCCCCUUCCCAAGCCCUUGGUUGCUGGCUCCCCAGAUUCGCAAUAGCAGGAGACUAUGUGCAAUAAUCCGGCCCUUCCUACAACGCAUUUCCCUGGAGAGCCCCUUGAAGGUACCAAGUGCUUUAGACACCUCUGCAUGUUUUCACUCUGACCCCAAUACCCCAUCCAAAUCGCUUUCUCCCAACCAGAUGGUGCUAAAAGACUUGUCCUCUCUUCCACCAUAAAAUCACCCCAGCCUGGCUGGCAUGAAGCUGACCCUUUCACCAUGUUUUUAAAUGUUGCUGUUUCCCCUUUCCUGUGGGAUGUGAUCAUGAGAAAACUUGCCCCCCUCUACUUUAUUGAUGCCCACCCCAUACCUUUGAUGAAAUAGCUCUUAUGCAGCUGACAAUCAGGGAGGACUAAUUGCAGAGGCCAUACGGGUGUCAUGUGACCCAGGGAUUGAGAGAGAGAGAGAAUGAGAGUGGAAUGGUGUGUGGGUGUGUCUGUGGGUGUGUGCACAGCAUGUGGGGGGGAGAGAAGUUUGUGGUAGGAUGGCAUUUGAAGAAAGGAUUUCCUAUAUUUCUGGGCUUGUGCAUUUCUCAGGAUGCUUGUAUCCUUUUCUUUUUGAAAGCUUUUUAGUAUUGUCCUGGCUGUAAGCAGGAUCAGGGUUUUCUUCUAACAGGAGCAUUUGAGGUUUUGGAAAAGUAAGGGUUAAUUACACCCACUCGUCUGCAUAGCUCCUUAGCCACAGGCUUCUAUAUAGUCUGAUGUGUUGUCCGUCCCCACUCCGCCCCCUUGUUGGUGCCCUUGGUUGGUGGUGGUGCAGAAUUGGGAAACAGAGUGCGGGUGUCCCUGAGGCAUCCCCUUUCCAUACCUCAGGUACCAGCAAGGAGAGGUCUUGGCAUAAGCAGUUGGAAGCCUGCUUAACAGCUAUCGAUUCCCCAGUGCUGUUUUUGCGCCCCUUCCGCAGCCUGGAGUUUAGACCGAAUCCAGUGAACUUGGUGAUUUCCCCCCAAGGUGCUGAGCUAAAUUGAAGUGCCUUCCUUGGGGCAUGGGAGCCCUCACCUUCAUCUCUGAAAGCUUGUUGACACAGGGGGUCAAGGGCCAAGCUGACGGUGGCCGGGUGAGGCCUAAUAGCUGGGAGAGUGGGGGGAGAGAAUGAGGCCAGAAUGAAUCAGCCAGAGGGCAUGCAGUGCCAACUUAACAUGCCCUUUGGGUAGCAUACAGUGCCAGGCAAAUACGGUAUUGCCCCAUACUGAUCUAGGAGUAGAGCCACUCCCCCUCCGCACAUCAUCAUCCUGCCACCCAAAUGGCUGCUUCCAAAUGAGUACAAGAAAUGAGAACUGUGGGUCACUCUUCUCUCCCCACCUCCACCCCGGUGAUGGGUUUAUAUCCCACACUGCCAGGGCUGCUCUCGAUAUUUCCCUGUGAUGCCAGUACACUGCAACAUUUAAAAACAUAGCUCUCCUGUAGCAUUUGAAGUGCCUGACGUGUGCCAUCCACAGCAGGUCCUUAGAGCAGGCUGUAGAAUGAUUCAGAGGCUAUGAAUUGGUUUCAACAAUGUUCCACACAUGGGCAGCAGUCCCAAAGCGUAUCUUUGGUGUGCACAAACAUUUCCAUGCUUACACUAGGGUUUCCCAGUCCCCCUCCCUACACACGCAGACACACAACAAUACAUUGCACUGCGUACGAAACUACUUUCCAAGUUUCCAGCAGAAUCCUCUGGGCAAUCCCUUUGGAUCAAACUAACAAGUCACACUCCAUUAGGAAGUUUUCUCUGCAAGCCCCAUUGAACUGACUAGAAGCUGCACUGGAGUACAGCUGUUGUCUUCUGCCACUCCCAUUAAUUUUAAUGCAAUUUAUGCAGCAGAACUUCCUUGCAGAUUCUGCCUCAUGUAUGCUAGUCCAUCAUGAUCAGACAUGCUAGGAGUUUAGAAAAUUAGUAGUAACUAAGAGAAUCCUAAGUUUGGGGUGGGGGGAGGAACCUGGAUAUUGGUGAAAAUAAUAGGAUAUCGAGCCUCAUCUUACUUCUGAUUUCUUGCAUACUAGAACCACUUAGGUAUGUGUGCAUGAGAUUAUUUUUUAAAAUAUUAUUUUAAUCACUGUCCCCAUUUUAAAUAAGGUUUCUGAAACCAAGUUUUAACAGACAAAUUCAGAGAAAUUAGCAAAGCUGAAAAUACACUAGAUAUAUAGGCAUUUGAUGCUAGCUGCUAAGGAUAUGAUUUAUUCAGCCCAUGUAGGUCUGGUGCCUAAAUAUUUGACACAUGUGCCAAGGGAAACGCCUGGCUCUUAAAACCUAUUGUUACAGCUACUCCAUGUGUGACAAUGGCACAUGCAAACAUAAUGCCCAAACACAGUUCACACUAAUGAUGGUUUCAUUUUUGGUUCAUAUUUCAAGCAUAUAAUGAAACCAUGGUUACCUACUGAAGUCCUGCCCCUAGAGGACAUGUACAUAACGCACAGCAUGAUCUGCUUGUUAUCUUGCAAGCAGAAAAGUGGGGAAACUGUUUUAACCAUGGUUUGUGCAGUGCAGAAGGGACCCUCAAUCAUGGUUUAGGCAUUCAGAUGUAAAGUAACACUUAACCAAGGAAAACCAACCAUAAAUAUAUCUGUAUGGGACCACCAUUAUCCCUUUUCUCAGCUUAAUGCAGUUUAAAUUAUUCUCUGGCUUCACUUCUCUAGUGCGAGGAAAGGAGAAACAAACAAACUCAGGGUACAGUCUAGCAAAAGUUGGUGUGACUAAAUGUGCAAUCCUGCGCAGGUCCUUGCAAACUCAAUACUUCUGCGUGCAUAAGAUUGUAUUUAGGAAAUUAAGGAUAGUAAGAUCCACUGAGGGUGAUCCAUACAUGGACACAAAAUUUUCAGCACCUUGGGAAGCAGUUGCAGAUGCACUUCUGGAUUCUACAAUGCAAUACUCACCUGGGCUCAUUGAACUGGCUGGAUGUGUGCAUUGUGUAUUGGUGUGCAUAUGUAUCAGAGACUACCAGAUUGCUCUCUGCGACUAGUUAUCUAUCACAAGAGCUGGAUCAAAGCCAAGGAGUCCUAGGUAUCAUGGAUACAAAUAGUUCUGUGCUAGUUUCAGAGCAUCCUCCAUAAAAUUAUUUCUGCUUUCAAACCUGGGACUGCAGUGUUUAGCCUUCUUAUGGUGGGGUUGUUGUGAACACCAGCUCCCACAUGCUUUUUGUGAAUUAAUGACUCUUUUGGGGAUUGAGUUCCAGUUGAGAAAAGAGUGCGUUUUGGAAUGUUUGUGGAAUGGUCUUUUCAACAUGUAUGCCUGUAUUCAGUGGCUAUUCUAAUCUCCAUACCUACAGUGGGGAAACAAAUGCUGGAAUUCCACUCUUACAUACUUUUCAUUUCCUAAAACAGAGUUUCUUCCAUCUCAGAAGAAGUUGCAUUGUGAUGUUUUCCUAGGCUGGUUGCAUUUUACUUUUGUAUUCUGUUAUCUCUUACUGCUCCAAAGGCUUGCAUCUACUAGAAAGCCAGCAUUUCACAUAACAUGUUUGUCCCAAGGCAGGGGCUACAGUCUGUGUGCUGAAAAGUCCCUAUGCAUUCCUUCAGAGGAGCUGCACUGGGCAUGCAAAAGCCAGCGGUGCAGAGCUAAAUAGAUGCCAGCCAGCAACGCCGCAACACACUUGUAAACCCCUACAUUCCUCCUCUGUCCAAGUCUGAGUGCAGGGUACUGAGAAUGCACAGCCCCAGUUUUCUAGAUCCAAGCAAAUGGCUUAGAUGUUGCCCAGACUUCCUUCCCAUCCUCAUCCUUUCUUGAAUGAGUUGUUCUUCCAACUUGUUCAUUUGCUUGUCCUUCCAGUGUGUUUGUGGACCCCCUCCCUCCCAGACGAACAGCCCUGGUCAAUCACUCAUCCUGACUAGGAGGUGGCAUUUAGCAGAAGCGGGUGUGAGGGAAGGGACCAUAAAGAAGGCCUUCAUUCUGAGUGCUAUUUUGCAAAGGAUGCAUGGAACAUGAGACAUGGGGGAAUGGAGUGUGGCAUUUGUCUAUGUUGAAACCCAGCAGAGGAAGAACAGGAGCAGGCUCAGCCAUUGCUUUCAUGCUGAUCUCCCUACCUCUUCUUUGCCAUUUUUUCUUUUCUGUUUGCCAAAGAUGUCAAUAAUCAGUGUCUCCCAGGCCUAAUGUGGUGUCACUCAGCAUUAAAAAAAAAGGAGUGCAUUUUCUACCUGUGCAGAGUCUUUUAAGAAGCCAGAUCCAGCUGUCCAGCAAGGCCCGGUCCUGUGCAGAAAGGAUGCAAGGACUGCCGUAACAAUGGCAAGGGAAUAAACAUGAGGGAAUGUGAAGACAGAAGGGAAUUGGAGGGCAGGGCUAGAGACAGUGAGGAUGAGAUUGUGGCUAGGGCGUGGGGGGAGAGAAAGGCUAGGGUAUAAACAGGUGUCGGAGGAAUUAAGGUAUGUGUAAAGCUGGAUUUUAGGACUGGGUGUGUGAGAAUGGAAUAUAGGGGGGAAAGGUGGAUGGGCACAAAAGAGAGAUUGUGUGCUGUGAAUGUGGCUACAGAGUGCACACUUCAUCGCUGCAAAGCUUCCUCCUGGUCCUAAGCCUUGUUCUCACUCCCCCCCCCUUUCACUAAACCACUUCCUAGCUUUUUCUAAGGGGCACACAUACUACAGCCAAACUAGUCAUGGGGCUUGAGGUAGUUUAUUCCCCUCUCACCCCAUCUUUCCAGAUCUAGAAGGAAGCUUUUGGUAGUUAGGGGAAACCCGAGGUUUCCUUAUCAUCCUGCUUGAUACCCACCACGGGCUGCAGAGGCUGGCUGUUGAAUGGCACGGCUCACCCCACUCCACCCCACCCCCACCAAGUGCCGGCUCAGGACUGGCAGGAAGGCUCCAGGCUGCCCGCUUGGAACACCUCCGCUUUUAACCUGAGCCGCAGCUUUCUCAUGGGGAACUAUGAACAAGGUCACGGCCAGAGCUUUCCGCUCUCCUCCACAUGGCAGGGAGGUCACAUUUACGGCUCUUUAUGACACUCUGGGAAUCACCACUGCACAACCAUAGCCUGCAUAAACCAUGAUUUGAAAGCCUGUGUUGAGUAGCAUAGGGACCGAACGCGGAGAAACUGGGACCUAGGAGCGUGGGCCUCCGAGCUGCUAGAUUUCUAAUCUUGUGCCUUGAUUUCCCUAUCCCAUUCAGCCAGUGGGGGGAACCAGUCCCUGCACUUUAAGCUUCCAGUCUAGUGAAAGCCUUUCCCCCAUCUGCUCCUUCCCCGCUUGCAAGAAAAAGACCCUACAGCCUUGCCCUGAUCUGCCCCAACCGGGCCCUGCGCGCUCUGCCCCAACGUCCCUCUGCCCAACCUGACCCCCUCACCUCCUGCAUUAAGCUCUGUCCCAUCCAGGAUGCCACCAUGCUGGAGAAGGAAACAGCCGGCUGCCUCAAAGACCUGGCACACUGUAGAUGAGCCUCAAACCGUUCGUCUCUCCUAAAUGCUGGUAUUUUGAAAAACGAGCUCCAUCACCCAACACUGUUGUCUGCCCAUUCCAUGCUUGUGCUGAAACCCACCCUCCUUGGAAGUUGUUGGUGCUAUUUGGAAAAGGAAAACAAAUAUCAAAAACCCGGUUCAGAGCUUCCCUUCAUUUUAAAGCUCACCAGUUCCAGUUUUUUGUCAUUCUUAGCUACACAUCUACCUCACAUGCACUUGCAGUUCAUUCGUGUAUCCUGAACCGACAAACUGCACCUUCUCCAAGGGACAAGUUCCCCACCUUACCCUUAGAAAACCUCCUGGGCUCCUCUGCUUUGUUUAAAGGGGUGUAUAUGUGGAAGAGAAGGGAAAUGUUUGUCUAAAAAUAUAUAUAUAUACCCCUGUGUUGCUGCUAAUUACUGGAGAGUUUUGUUAAGAUGUACCACCUUUUGCUUUUUAAAAAAUUCCUUUGUAAAAUCAUGUGUUACACUGCGUUAGUUCGUUUCUUUGAACUUGAGCAGAAAUCUUUGAUCCACAGGCAGGGCACAGCUUUGUGGCCUCAAUGUGGGAUCCCAUGCAUGGCAAAAAUCCACAAGGUAGUAAACUUACUGAACGAUGAAAAGUUACUAACUAGAAGUGAAGUCCAGGAAUGGCAUCUGCCAUCAUUGGUUUUUAAAACCACUGGUGAUGGGCACAGCCUUUUUAUUUUAAAAAGACCUUGCUAAGGCAAGACGGGCUUAUUUGAACCCUUCCUGGGAACGCUUGAACUGUCAAAAGACAUAGCACAGGAAAGUCGUCUUCAGAGCAGGGCUGCCAUGAACAGGGACCGAUUUCGGACUCCAUGCUGUCUGGCUUUGGCUAAAUCUGGAGUUUGCAAGAAUUUGGUUUCAAUAAGAAGGGAAUCUUUGGCCCCAGGUUAUGCAGCUCCACCUAAACUAUCAACACCUAAAUUUUAAAUCUCUGGGAGUUGGUGAAUGCAAAGAACCAAAUUGAUCCAGCAACAACCUAUUUACAGGGCCUUGAGGGAAUGCAAAACAAAAACAACCAGAGAUUAUGAGUAAGCAAGAUUUGGUGGAGGAGAAAAGUACUUGUAGUUUCACUGUGCUGUUAAAAUUUCCAGAACUGGCUGGCUGUAGCAUGUAGAACUGGCUCAUUGUAGAGAAUAGGGAGCCAGACAGACCAUUUGCCUGGUGCUGGAGGUGCUGCCCCAAGGUGAUUAUACAGCCUUGCCUGACACACUCCCAAAUUAAGGGCUGUCAAGCAGCUGUUCUUGUACUUUGGGAACAGUCUUCUAUCCAGAAGGAAGAAAUGCUCCUGACAAGUACCCGUCUCCCAGCUCAAACACAUGUGCCCAGCACCAUCAGUAUAGGCGGUGGGGUUAUGCAAUACCAAACAGGCUGGCUAGUACCCCAGAUAAUAUUCCAUAUCAGUUCUAUUCCAGCAGGAGACAUGAGAUUGCUGUGCUCUUCUGCUCGCCUCUCUCUUUUUGCUCUUCCGGAUUUGCUCUUCCAGAGACAGCAACUGCAGAGCCAUUGGCAAUUGUUUCCGAGAUGGGCAGAGGGAGAAAUGUCAACAUUUUGUCUUCCAGAAAUCUCACUUUGUCAGUCAAGGAGCUAAAACAAUUUGUGCUACUACCUUUUGAGUGGCCAGGAAGUUAUUAUUAGUAAGAACAUCCCCUCAAAAUAUUUUUGAUUAUGAUUACACCAGAAGAUGACUAAAAAAAGUUUUCUUGGUUGCAGACUGCUUGGUGUUCUUCCUUUUUGUCUUCCUAUCCCCCGCAGGAAGGUUAAGUGUGAAGCAUAAGCAAAGAGCUGCUUGGCGCUAAUGCAACAAGGUCCAAUCUACCCCAUCCUGGACAGCUUUAUAUAGCUUGUCUGUACUUUCCUCUGGAGCAAUAUGCCCUUGGUGGUUUAGACAGCUGCACUGAUGCCUUGCCCUGUAGCAAACUGCCAUUAAAGCAGAUAGCAAUAGGCACCCACUCUAAGAAAUACAUCUCAUGCUGGUUCAUGUCUACAGCAGACUACAGGUUAAUGUAGUCUUUCUGCAGAAUAGUGGAACAUAUUAGCUAAAUUGUUGCUUUAAAAAAGCACACGCCACAUGCUUGCCAUGGAUGUAAAGGAGUCUCUUGGAAACGUAUUUGGCACUCAAAAGCAAUGGAGGAUGGAACAUGGCCUCUCCUUAAUUUCUGACUCGAAGACAUUCAAGACCCCAUUUUGCAGCUACCAGAGCACUCAGAGGCAACCCUUCUGUGCUUCCAUUUGCUACAAACGUGGCGAGAGGUCUGGGCCCCACCAUCACUCGCUGUCUCAAUUCAUUUCACCGGCUGGUUUUAUUUAUAUACUUAGGACUAUUUGUACAGGGUUUUUUUAAUUGAGAAGUUUCUAUAGUUUUGUAUCUUCCAUGCUACAGCCAGGCCUGUUUCUCUCUCUCUCAGCCCCAUACUCCUUUCCCUCUGUGGAGCUCUGACUGGUCUCAUUUUGAACAAAUUUUUGUUUUUAAAUAAA